AUUGGAACCGGCAACGGCCUCGCCACCGACAGCAUCUUAAAGCCCGACAUCAUCGGCCCCGGGCUGGACCUGUUCGCCGCGUGGCCUGGCAAGCGUGUGGGCGACAAGGGGACGGAUGCGCAGCUGUCGGGGACGUCGAUGGCGACGCCUCACCUGGCGGGCAUUGCUGCUCUCAUCAUGCAGAAGUACCCUCGUGGAGCCCGGCGCAGGUCAUGUCCGCCAUCAUGACCACCGCCACAACCAAGGGUGUCGGUGGCGCCGCCAUCACCGCCGCCUUCGGCAAGACUGCCACGCCGUGGGACAUGGGUGCUGGGCAUGUGUUUCCCCUAAGGUGCUUGACCCCGGGCUCACAUACGACGCCCGGAAGAGUGCAUACCUCAACUUCCUGGCUGGGCUAGAUAUGGAGAGGACGCAGCAGGAGUACCCGAACGAGAAUCUCAAGUCCGUGCCUCCCAGAGAGCUCAACCGCCCCACCAUUUCGAUCACCAGUCUCAAGGGCACGCUGACCGUCACACGGACGGUCACCAAUGUGGCUGACUCCGCUUCCACGUAUUCUGCCAAGAUACAGAAGCCGAAUGGCGUGGAGGUUACUGUCAAGCCCAGCAGCUUCACCUGCUGGUUCAAAGUAGCACAUGAGAAGUGACCGCCCGCUUGGCACUUGGAAUGAAGGCAAGCCUUGUGUUGGAUGCAGUUGCUCGUAGUAUGGGGCAUGAUUGAGAAUAAUUUAUUUAUUUUCUA